GCGCCCCUUUCCCUCUUGCCUGCCACUUGGUGAUCUGACACUGAUUCCUAAAGAAGUGAAAUUUCCUAUUUAAAACAGGACUUGAUUUCUCCAUCUGAACAGUGGGAGUGAGGACCCUGACCUCCGAGAGUGCUUAUGGGGAAUAACACGGUGCUAGAAGUUGGGUGAGCUGGGCCAGGCAGCACUGCGGGUUUGGGAAAUGAGAAUCCACUCACCCACUCCCAAAGGAGUCAUGCCAAAUAGUGGGGUGUGGGAAGAAUCUUCACAAAGCACUUGAGUUCACCCCAUCAGCUGUGAACCAACAGAUCCACAGGACCAGAUAGCAAAGGGAGGAACAUGCUUUAAGUCUCAGAAGCAUCUGCCUGCACAGUCCCCGUCAUGCUGAUUCACAAAUGGGCUGGGGCCAGUAACGGAAUGCAUGUUUGGAGGCCAAAUAUGUUUAAGCUGGAGGAACAGGAAGCCAAAUCUCCUUAGAGGGAAAGAGCUGGACUCUGGGGAACCUACCAGAUGAGGGUUAAAGCAGGCCUGAGAGCUCAGGCCGGUUCCUCUACCUCUGUGCCUCGGCUUUCUCGCCUGUGAAGUGGGCAGAUAUUGACUUCUACAUUUGGUUCUUGCUAGAAGGACAUGAGCUGAUGCAGGGAAGGGGCUUGGCGCAAUAGAUGUUAACAGAUAAUGUGAUGAUCUUCGUGUUUUAAUUCAGACUCUGUGAGUUGCAUCAAGGUCAGGAAUGCUCCCUGGCCACUUUUGCUUUGAGUUUCAGGUAGCUGGUGUCACUUCGGUGUGGUUUGAAGAAGAGUUUCUCUCCAGCUGCGUUGGAGGUGCCCUUUUGACCUGGAGGCCUGGGGUGAGCCCCCUUGCCCUUGCUGACUUCUGCUAACCCGCUUCCUGGGGGAAUCGCUGCACAAGUUGAAUUUUAAAGGUCUGCUGGCCACAGGGCUGCCACACUGGCUGGGACUGCCAGCUGGACCUGGACUCCCCAGCUUGGAGCAGCCCCUCUUUGACCUCGCCCCGUGGAGAAGCAGCCCCAUGAAGGUGCCCAGCCAUGCAAUGUUCCUGGAAGGCCGUCCUCCUCCUUGCCCUGGCCUCCAUUGCCAUCCAGUACACGGCCAUCCGCACCUUCACCGCCAAGUCCUUUCACACCUGCCCCGGGCUGGCGGAGGCCGGACUGGCCGAGCGACUGUGUGAGGAGAGCCCCACCUUCGCCUACAACCUUUCCCGCAAGACCCACAUCCUCAUCCUGGCCACUACGCGCAGCGGCUCCUCCUUCGUGGGCCAGCUCUUCAACCAGCACCUGGACGUCUUCUACCUGUUUGAGCCCCUCUACCACGUCCAGAACACGCUUAUCCCCCGCUUCACCCAGGGCAAGAGCCCGGCCGACCGGCGGGUCAUGCUGGGCGCCAGCCGAGACCUCCUGCGGAGCCUCUACGACUGCGACCUCUACUUCCUGGAGAACUACAUCAAGCCGCCGCCGGUCAACCACACCACCGACAGGAUCUUUCGCCGCGGGGCCAGCCGGGUCCUUUGCUCUCGGCCUGUGUGCGACCCUCCGGGGCCAGCCGACCUGGUCCUGGAGGAGGGGGACUGCGUGCGCAAGUGCGGGCUACUCAACCUGACGGUGGCGGCAGAGGCGUGCCGCGAGCGCAGCCACGUGGCCAUCAAGACGGUGCGCGUGCCCGAGGUGAACGACCUGCGCGCCCUGGUGGAAGACCCGCGGUUAAACCUCAAGGUCAUCCAGCUGGUCCGAGACCCCCGCGGCAUUCUGGCUUCGCGCAGCGAGACCUUCCGGGACACGUACCGGCUCUGGCGGCUCUGGUACGGCACAGGGAGGAAACCCUACAACCUGGACGUGACGCAGCUGACCACAGUGUGCGAGGACUUCUCCAACUCCGUGUCCACCGGCCUCAUGCGGCCCCCGUGGCUCAAGGGCAAGUACAUGUUGGUGCGCUAUGAGGACCUGGCCCGGAAUCCCAUGAAGAAGACCGAGGAGAUCUACGGGUUCCUGGGCAUCCCGCUGGACAGCCACGUGGCCCGCUGGAUCCAGAACAACACGCGGGGCGACCCCACCCUGGGCAAGCACAAAUACGGCACCGUGCGAAACUCGGCGGCCACUGCCGAGAAGUGGCGCUUCCGCCUCUCCUACGACAUCGUGGCCUUUGCCCAGAACGCCUGCCAGCAGGUGCUGGCCCAGCUGGGCUACAAGAUCGCCGCCUCGGAGGAGGAGCUGAAGAACCCCUCGGUCAGCCUGGUGGAGGAGCGGGACUUCCGCCCCUUCUCGUGACCCGGGCAGCGCGGGUGGGGGCGGGAGGCGCACGGUGUAGGUUUUGAUAAAAUGGACCGUUUUAACUGUUGCCUUAUUUCCCCCUCCCUCUACCCACCUCAUCUUCGUGUCCCUCCUGCCCUUAGCUCACCCCACUCCCUUCUGCCCAUUUUUGUCUCUGAAAUUUGCACUAUGUCUUGGACGGGAAUCACUGGGGCAGAGGCGCGUGAAGUGGGGUCCCGCCCCCACCCCACCCCAUUCAGACACACGGAUAUUGGGUCUCUGUGCGGACGGUGACAAUGUUUACAAGCACCACACUUACACAUCCACACACGCACACGGGCACCCGCGAGGCGACUUCUCAAGCUUUUGAAUGGGUGAGUGGUCGGGUAUCUAGUUUUUGCACUGUCUUACUAUUCAAGGUAAGAGGAUACAAACAAGAGGACCACUUGUCUCUAAUUUAUGAAUGGUGUCCAUCCUUUCCCCAUCCCUGCUUCCUGCCCCUGACACCCACUUUCCCCCUUAGAGCAGCGAAACUGCCCCCUCCUGCCCGCCCUUGCCUGUCGGUGAGGCAGGUUUUUACUGUGAGGUGAACGUGGACCUGUUUCUGUUUCCAGUCUGUGGUGAUGCUGUCUGUCUGUCUGAGUCUCGUGGCCGCCCCUGGACCAGUGAUGACUGAUGAAUCUUAUGAGCUUCUGAUUGAUCUCGGGGUCCAUCUGUGAUAUUUCUUUGUGCCAAAAAGAAAAAAAAAGAGUGGAUCAGUUUGCUAAAUGAACAUUGAAAUGCUUUAUGUGUGUUUUCUGUAAAUAAAAGAGUGCAAUAAUC